CACAAAAAAAGAUCGUUUGUGGCGAAAGCAGGAAACCUGCCUCGCCUGGGUUACCGUGGCGUGAACUACUUCAGCUGAACGAAGCAAACUGUGGAAGUCGAAAGGAAGACUGAUUCGAAACCGAGUACUGGUGGUAGGGAGGAUGCUCCCGGCGUAUUGUAGCUGUCAUUGCAAUUUGGACUGAUAGCUCAAAGGGUUUGUGCUUCGAGGAGACAACAUGGGGUGGCUGGUGAUGAGCCACUUUACUCUCCUGUCCUUAUCGCUGGUCACAAGUGGAGUCGCCAUUGCGCAAGAAGUCGCAACAUCAGAAUCAAGUCUACACAGAGUGACGCCGGCUGUGAACACAUCAGCAGUGUCAAGUGAACCGCCCAGCUCGCCGCCCCAGACCCCAUCGUCGGCACUGGGCAAGUCGGUGGUGAUCAUCGUCCUAUGCGUAACCCUCGUUGUGGUGUUGAUAUAUUACAACUCUAACACAGGCAAGAUCAUCAAUAGGUUACUACGGCGACGCGCACCUCAGCAAUAUACUCAGCUUCGCAAUGGCAGCACAGCCGAAUCGUAUCACGAUGAAGUCAACAUCGGCGUUGAGACCGUUGGCAACGCAGAUGCGGGCAACAAAUACGUGACUGAUAAGGAAGGGCUGACUUCCCGCAGCCAAGCUGAACAAAGUGCAAACAAACCAAAGUACUUCCGCUCGGCGGAGGAGGACGAGCUGCCGUUGAACAGGACGCGGUCGCUGGGCUGUCAAGGUCUGAACAGCCUCCGUCCGCAGAGCCGCAGUGUGGGCAGCCAUCACGAGCAGUUCCUGCAGCCGGUCCCGGAGCCUCCGUUCCUUCGUUCGUCCAGCAUCAGCUUGGACCGAUCGCCAUCGCCGACGCGGGGCAGGUCCCCGGCCGGACGCCGUCUGACGCGCACCGACUCCGCCGGCUUCGAGGACGUCCCCAGCGCUGCCAUGCUGGCAAUGAGGACAUCCCAGGACUACUCCUGGACCGAGCCGGGACCGGUCACCGAGCGCACGCGCGCCCGCACAAAAUCGUUCAACGUGCCGCAGAAUUCGCCCAUGACUGGUGCGUCGAGUAGACCCAGCAAUCCCUCGGUGCCGAGCUUCGGCCGCCGCUCCAAGUCUGUGCUAAGUCCUGCUGCUGCGGAAACUGCUGCAGCACUGCAAAUCACACGAGGGCGUGCUUGCUGAUGUGCCUGCUGCGCCUGUGCACGCACAAGAUUAUGUAUAGAUUUCCCAAGCAUGUGCACCCUGGUUGUGGUCACCCAGCGCACAGUCCCGCCCUCUCACAAGUGUGGCAUGACACGCGACGGGGCGUGCCCAAUACAAACACAGCCAUUGUGCCACAUGCUGGAUCUACCGGUGCAUUUGUCGACUACUCAUUCACUUUGGCAGUAUGCUAGUUGCAAGUGUGUGCGCGAUGGAGUCAACUUCCCCAUGUACCCUAACUGCCAGAACGUGUGAAGGCGCAUUUUCCUGGCCAUGGGCGUACUACGCUUGCAUUCGAUGUGUACUCACACGUUUGCACUGCACCACAUACACACACACGCGCACACACACACACACACACACGCGCGCGCGCGCGCUAGUGCGCACGCUCACACAUAAAACGUUGCGUGUUUAUCCAGGUCUCUCCCUGUCCUGCGUGCUUGCAUGCCUUUCUCUCAUGCACAUGUGCACACCCUCUUCUUCGUUGUCACAUCUACGCCUUCCGUCUCCGGCUCUCUCUCUCUCUCUCUCCCUCUCUCUCUCUCUCUCUCUCUCUCUCUGUCUCUCUCUCUGUCUCUGUCUCUCUCUCUCUCUCUCUCUCUCUCUCUCUCUCUCUCUCUCUCUCUCUUUUAUAUUAUUUAUUUGUCCAUAUACCUCUCUGGACAUUCGCUGUCAGAUUUAUUAGGAAGCAGCAGACUAUUUCUUAGACUUUUUGAUUGCAAGUGAUUUGAACAAGUAUCCCAUGUUCUCUGUGUUUCUUGUUUUGGACGGUAUUCGCAUGAACGAUGCCGAAACCCUCUCAUGGAUACUCGUGUACUUGUGCUGAUUCAACAGUGUGGGAAAAUCCGCUGACACACUAGCUGUGCUGAACUGAAGGCUAUCUUAUCAAGCAUAGCAAGACCUGAGAUUAAAAUGGCUUCACGUGACCUGAUAACUAGUUAGCUGUACAUUAUUAGAAUUUUGUUUCAGCGAUGUGACAGUGGGAGCAUGCCAGCUUCUUGCUCAAGUACAGCAUGAGGUAUUUUCAUAGAGAAGUUAUUGAUGCAUGCAUUAUAUACUUCGAAUUACUGUUUAUUUUCCGUUGACCUUUGGAUCAUUAUUUUCACCUACGUGCUUUUGUUGCUAACUGUUAUCCACCUCCACAAAUGGCGCUUACGACACGCAUCUUGACGCAUCGUAAGGUGCGCUUACGCUC